AUGGAGGAAGAGACCGGUGUGUUGCAAAAGACACUCCGUACAUCGCGAGCAUGUGACAGAUGUCGCCGCCAGAAGCUCAAGUGCGAUAGCUCACGUCCUUGUGUUCUCUGUGCUCACGCUGGAAAUAAAUGCGAGACAUCUCCGCGCUCUGCGAAACGGACUCGUAGACAAAAUCCAGGGGCCAGAAAUUUGCAUGUGAAUUCUGGAGUACACAAAACAAUCGCACCAGCGACACACAAAAAUCCUAAUUAUAUCCAUGGCACUGGAGGAACUGAGAUAUCUUAUGCCGCAGAGAGCUCAACAUUCUAUCCAGAACGCUCUCCAAAAGAGCCCCAGUCUGGUGCUAAUGCUUCUGCGAUUGACUUCGCCAGACGAGUUUUCAAUGAGGAAGAAGCUGGCCGGACUCUGACCGGUGCAUCAAUCCCUGGUGAUACAGGAGCUCCUGUGAUAGACAACUCAUUAUGGCAUUUAACAGAAGUAGAGCUUCCCCCAGAGGCUGUGAUGUUUGCCCUGAUCGACGUCUAUUUCGACCGAAUGCAAUGGUUCAUCUUGAUAUUCCACGAGCCCUCGUUCCGACAGACCGCACGCCGGAUAAUCUCCCAAACCUCGUGGAGACGCCAAGAUCUCAGUCCUACCAUGGCUGUCCUGGCCGUGGCUAUGAUUGGCUUGCAAUCUGUGCUACCAGAUCAGAGAUGGCCCGGACACGAAUUGUUGCGCGAACAUUCCGUUGACGGGCAGAAGUUAAUGCACGGUUUAAUUGCUGAAAUACGACGGAAUCUUCUCGAUAUCUCAAUCGACUGCCGAAUUGAAGCUGUCCAGGUUUGCCUCUUGGUGUCCUGCUAUUAUGUUUAUCAUAGUUCGCCGAGUAUUGCUUGGACUGUCUCUGGUAUGGGCGUGAGGUCUGCUUAUGCCCUUCGUCUUUAUACAAAAUCGGCCCAGUGUGAGAAUCCAGUCGUGGAUGAGAUUCGCUCUCGCUGUUGGAAUCAUGCUAUUGUCGGCGAUACGUUUGCGUCUAUCAUCUAUGGACGGCCUUCUUCUAUUGAUACUGGACUUGUCGCUUUGCAUUCGCUCAGAGAUAUGGAUGACCUAGCCAUUGAUCCACUUCUGCUGAAAAAUGAAUGGAUAUCUGGUGAUGGAAUGCCAACAACGACAGCCGGGUUUUUCACUAUGAAAGGUGAGAUCUAUAACAUCAUUCGACACAUCCUUUCACGAUUUCGUCGUCUCCAAUUAAGAAAAGAGACAAUCAAAGAGGACCUUCUGGCAAUUGCAGAAGCCGCGCAAGACUCAGAGAAGCAAUUAGUCUCCUGGCGGAAAAGGGUUCCUCGGCUGUUCGAUUUUGAGUUUUGGAGCUCCGACAACCGCCUAGAGCAGUUCCAACAGCAAAUCAAAGGGUUACCACAUCGCACUAAAUACCAAGCAGAAAUAAUCAUCUUGCAGGCAGCAACUCUCCAACUGACAUACGAUGGAGCUCUGAUACAAGCCCAUCGACCUUUGCUCGAGCAGAAAAUCACCGGUUCUUGCUCGCGCUCGGUGGUAGAUGCAAUCCACGAGUCAUUGAGAGUAGCCACAGCGGCUGCACUGCGAAUAUCUCGCAUCCCAGUUCUCCGUUUCAAGCAUCAUUUCGCCGAAUCCUUCACUUCUCUACAACAAUUUACUGCAGGAGUCAUUCUUUGCAUUCUGCCGACUAGUCAACCAUUUACUACAGCCGCUCACGAGGCCAAGGCUGGAAUCAUGCGAAUCAUCCAUGCUAGCACGGCUUUUGGGCCCCACAAUCGUAUUGCCAAGCAGACCGCACAGCUUCUGACUGAGUUGCUGAAAGUAACUAUCGAGCGAGAAAUGUCUGGUGCCCUGAGAGGGGGACUGGAAACAAGUCUUCCUAGGGACAUAUCUGAGAGGGGUCCCGUUCUGGGUGUACAAGCGCCCUGUAUAGACCAUACUGGGAGCCAUUCGCCAUCCGAGCGAGAAGUCUGCCGUGACCACCCUCCACCGUCAACAAUUCACGCACUGUCCCAUUCGAGACAACCCCCAGACAUGGCCCAAGCGAUACACGACGAGAGUAAGGUAAACGACCGACCAGUCCAAGCACCCAUCGAAUCGUCUGAAUACCCAUCUGCGAAUAUCUUUGAACAACUUGACGAUACAUUCGGUGCCUUUGGUGAGCUCAUGUUCAAUCUGAUACCCGACGACCAAAGUAGUGCUUGGAAUUGGGGACGUACGGUCCCUUAG